UGAUAAUAUUUGGAGAAAGCAGUACACAAUACACGAAUAAUUCUGGGUAAAAUGCAUAAAUACAUGCUGAAAAUUUGACAUGUCGAAUAAGUCGAUAGCAGCGAUAGCUCCAUAUUUUAUGGUUUUAUUAUGAAUAAGAAAUGCUACUAUUUACCUAUUACCAAUCACCAUUAUAAUUAAUUUUGAGAUUAUAUUUUGUGCUCUCUAGUGAUUUACUAAAAUACGAUGAAACGAAAUAGAAUCGAAAUUGAUGGAUUUGAACAAUGGGUACGUAAUUUAUAGCACCCUUUGCACCCUUAGCAGUAUUAAUAACUAUAAAAAUAAAUACCUACUUAAUUCAUUCUUCAGGGUGGAUACAUGGAAGCAAAAAAAACUAAACUAAAUAAUCAGUUUAUGGAAAAAGCGGCUAGUGAUGGAAAUACUGUGAAAAGUCAAAUUUUUAAAGGCAUUUCAAUAUUUGUUAAUGGAUACACAUGUAUGUAUAAUAAAAUAUACUUAGGUAUAUUAUUUCUUUAUUCCUUAGAAAGUUUAAAUCUAGAGGACAUUCCCUUCUCCAUUGAAAGCUGAUGUAACCACUAUUAUAACCUAAAUACCUAACCUUAAGUACAACCUUACCACUCAACCAAUAUUUUGGAAUUCUAAAUAAAAUUUGGGCAGAUUAUCCCAAUUGUAUCGGAACAUCGGGUAAAAUGAGAUACCAAAGUGUGUAAUGCUUGCAGAUGAUAUAGUUUGAUUGGUGAACAUGUGGAAGCAAUAGCAAUAGGCUUAAAUAAUAGAGAGUAGCACUUGAAGGAAAAAGACUAAGGAUAAGUAGAAUUAAAACAGAGUAUAAACAGGAUGAUUUUAGAGGCACAGGAUAAAGCCUUAACAUCUCUGCAUUAAGGAUACAUUGUAAUGUGUUGGACAAAAAAAUGUAUAAUUUAUUCUUGUUAGAAAUUGUUACUGAGUAACAAUUUAAUUUUUACUUUAAAAAUAAUGUUAGUACCUACUUUAAUCAACAUGAAAUCUAAAAUAUUGAACAUAAUACUUAUCAUUUUUGUAAUAUGUAUUUUAGUGCCUUCUGCUGAUGAACUAAAACAAAUUAUGAUGGAGAAUGGAGGAGUUUAUCAUCACUACCACAGACCAGAUAUUACUACCCAUGUGAUAGCAAGUAAUUUACCCACUGCAAAAUUAAAAUUACUUAAACAAUAUAGAAUUGUAAAACCUGAAUGGAUAUCUGAUAGCAUAAAAGCAGGGAAACUUUUAAAUUUUAAAGAUUAUUUACUUUUCAUUGACAAACCGAAUCAGCCAAAAAUAGAUUUCCCAGUUCGUGCUAAAAAUGCAUCUGAACCAACAUUUCUAUCAGAAUUCUAUAACAAUUCUAGACUACAUUUAAUAUCAACCAUGGCAACAACAUUCAAACAUUUGGUGAAUGAUACGCGGAAACGUAAUCAAAUGGAUUAUCCUGGGCAAGAAAGAUUGAAAGAGUGGGUAAAAAAAAAUGGAACUAAAGACUCAUUAUCACAAGAUACAGGGUUUGACUGUGACAAAAUAGUUAUGCACAUCGAUAUGGAUUGUUUUUUUGUGUCUGUUGGUUUGGUAGAAAGGCCGGACCUUAAAGGUUUGCCUGUAGCUGUUACACAUGCCAAAGGAAACUCGUCUUUAAAAAGAGAUGGUGUAGAUCGAGGAGCAGAGUUUGGCUUAUACGUCAAACGUUGGAAAGGUGAUGACCAAAGUGAUGCAGAAGAAAUACAAGAAAUUCAACCUCAAUCAACUAAAAGAGACAACAUUAAUGAGACAGAUUCAAUGGCAGAAAUCGCUUGUUGUAGCUAUGAAGCUAGAAAAUGCGGUAUUAAAAAUGGUAUGCUGGUGGGUCAGGCAUUAAAAAUGUGUCCUGGUCUAAAAUUAAUACCAUACAAUUUUGAACAAUAUAAAAAUGUUGCAUUCACUUUAUACACACACAUCAUGAACGAGUAAGUUAUAUAGACUAAUUAACACUAUAGUAAUGUAAUCUACUAAUUUUGUAGUAAAAUUUAAAUCAAUUAUUCUGGUUGCUACACAAUUAACUACUAAAGUAUUGGUAUAAUCUGAUAAUAUAACUUUAAAAUAUUUAAUAAUUGAUUGUGUGGGUUUGAAUUCAAAAUCAAUAGAUGUUAUUUAUUUUUUUUAAUUAAAUUUUUGGAUAGUUAAGAAUCAAUUUCCAGUUUGAACAAUUCAAAAUCAAAUAUAGAUUUAAAAAACAUUCUUUCUUAGAAUAACAAUUUUUGAUUCUAAAAAGAUUAAUUGCUACCAAUUUAGUAUAAUUUUUAAGUCGUUUUGAUUUUUUUAUAAUAUUAUAAUCUACAUUUAAAUUAAUUAUGAUCAGGUUUAGUAGAUAAUUUAAAAAAAAAAGUAUUGGAACUAAAUUUUCCAUGUAGAAAUUUACUAAUUAAUAAUAUUUAUUUAAAUUAAAUUUUUAUGUAUAUUUUAACAAAAAAAAAAAUACAUUUAUUAAAUUUAUUAAUUUGAAAUUGAACUAAUUUAUACUUCUGGGUGCACAAUAUACAUAUUUAAUAAAAGCAAUGGACAUUUUUAAAUAAUUGAUUUAUUUUUGUUAUUUGUUUUACCAUUAACUUUGAAAAUAUUUUUAAUCUCGUUUGUAUAGUUAUACAUUAGAUGUGGAAGCUGUUAGCUGUGAUGAAUUAUAUUUAAAUUGUACACAAAUACUGAAAACCACUAAUGCAUCACCUCUUGAAUUAGCAACUUUUAUUCGCAAUGAAAUAAAGGUAAUCUUUGUUUUAACAUGAAAGUAUAUAUAAAAUGUAUUAUUAUAAUUUUACAGGAAAUAACACAAUGUCCAUGUUCAAUUGGCAUUGGUUCAAAUUGUCUGCAAGCCAGGUUAGCCACAAAAAAAGCUAAACCAGAUGGUCAAUAUUAUUUGGAACCUAAUAUUAUUAUGGAGUUUAUGAGAAAUAUCAAUGUCUGUGAUGUUCCAGGUAAUAAAAAAUAGAUUUCUCAUUUACUAUUAUCCAUUUAAACGGUUUUUUUUACUUCAAGGCAUUGGAAGAUCUUUGGGAUAUAAAUUGGGAGCACUCGGUGUCAGCACUUGUGGUGAAUUAAAUGCACUAUCUCUGCAAACACUUCAAAGUGAAUUUGGAAACAAAAUAGGACUUUCAUUAUAUAAGUAAUUUCUAUGCAAUAAUAUUCAUGAAUAACAAUUUAGAAUUUUAAUUUUUAAAAACUGUGAAUUGAAAUCAUAAAUAUCUUAAGAGAGAAGUUAAUUAAAAUAUUGAAUUUAUGAAUGCUCAGAUUAUGGCUUAUACUAGUGGCUUCUUAACUUUUUCCAUCCGGCAUAUUAGUUAUUGUAAGUUGUGGCACACUUUUGAUGAAUAUUGCCUAUUCCCCAAAAAUAACUACUUUAGAAUUGAGAAAUACAUAUAUGAAUUUAGUAAAUCUAGUAAAGUAUUUUAAGUGGUGGUACUUAGCGAACUCUUACUUAGUGACAAAUUUUGGUUGAGACACUGGUUUUUCACUCAUAGGUUAAAAUAUAAUAUAUUUAGUUAUUUAAUUAUUAUUACGACUUGACUAAAAUGUAUGAUGAAAAUUGUUUUUUACUAUAUUUUACCUGUAUGCAAUUAAUAUGAAUUUUUCAUGCUCUUUAUAUGAUAGUAUAAUGUAUACAAUACAGGUUGUUCUAUAGUGUUAUUUGAAUGGUAAUAACUGUCAAUAAUAAUUUUUUUUAAAAAAAAAUUAUUCAAUCAGGUUUUGUCUCAGGGGGGACACAUAUGUAGAGAAAUUUUCAUUCUCAUCCAUUAAUCUCUGGGAAAAAAACACUGUUUUUCACUUUAAAAUUUUCAAAAUAACUAUUAUUUAUUUGUCUUAAAAAUUUUCAAGAACCUUAGUUACAUAUUUAAUAAAUGGUUUCUUAGUAAUAGCCAUUGCAAUUUCUAAAAAAUUUGUGUAAAAAAAAUUAAUUUUCAAUAGAAUGCUACACAAUAAAGAAUCAAUCAGAACGGUAAUUUCUUAUAUUCUAUUGAAUAUUGUUUGCACACCUAUUUUUUACAUAUUAAAGGUUCUAUACUAACAAAAAAACUAUUAAUCAGAUAUGAAUGUAUAAUACAUAAACAAUUUUAGACUACUAUAUUUUACAAAAUGGUUAUUUUGAAAAUUUUAAAAGUGAAUAAUUAAGUUUUUUUUUUUCAUUGAUUAUACGAUAAAAAAACAAAUUUAAUUUUUCUCUACAUUUAUGUUCCUCCGACACGAAUCCCAAUUGAAGAAAGAAAAUACAGUUAUUAACAUUAGGAUUUAUUUUUAGAUUUUACUUCUUAUAAUAUGUAGUUUAUCCGUGUGUUUUAAUAGGAUUAUGAAAUUAAUUUAAAUUGUGUACAAUUUAUAUUGUGAAAAAAUAUACAUUUUAGGCAUUGUCGAGGAGAAGAUGAUCGAAAACUCAACUAUGAUUAUCAGCCCAAAUCAAUAUCGGCUGAAGUAAAUUAUGGCAUCAGGUUUCAAAACAAACAAGAAUCGGAAAACUUUGUUAGACAAUUAUGUGAUGAGGUUGAAAAACGGUUAAAUGAUGUAGAAAUGAUUGGGAAAACAGUUACCUUAAAAUUAAUGGUAUUUAUUAUUUAGUAUUAAAUAUAAACUAUCUUUUGUUAAUGGUUUAUAUAUUUUAGAUUCGAAAUGUAGAAGCUCCAAAAGAAUCAGCAAAAUUUUUGGGUCAUGGAUUUUGUGAUCAUAUUACCAAAUCAAAUUCUUUAACUAAAUCAACAUCAAAUUCUAAAAUGAUUUUCCAGUAAGUACCAAGUUGUAGUAUAUAAAAUUAAAUUGUAAAAAGUCCAAAAUUCUAAAAUUUAAACUUAUGUGUUAUUAAUCAUUCCCUAUUUAGAGCUGUUAAUAAAAUAAUGAAUCAGUUAAAUGUUGAUCCAACUGAAUUAAGAGGAAUAGGAAUCCAAAUAAAUAAAUUAGAAAGUCGUAUUAAAGUUAAAGGGGUUGGAUGUAUUGAAAAUUUUAUAUCAAACAUGAAAUCUGUAACAAAAAAAAAUCAAAUUUCUCUUAAUGAAUAUACUGACAAUAAUAAAAUAAUGACAAAAUCUAAAAGACAUCAAAAAGAGUCUAAUGUAGACAUUCAGAAUAAAAAAAUAUUAUCUACAGAAAAAAACAUUAAUAAACCAAAAACUGUUGUAGACUUUUUUAAACCAAAAGAAGAAAAUUUAAAUACUUACAAACAAUCCACAUCUCGGAUCCAAAAUGAAUCAGUCGUUAAUAUCAAACUAUCUCAAGUAGAUCCAGAAUUUUUAAAUGCAUUGCCACUUGAUUUACGUCAAGAAUUAGAAAAUGAAUUAAAAGCUAAUGAACCUCCAAACUCACUGUCUGUAGAACAUGAAAUAACAACAUCAAAUGAAUUGGAAAUCACUAUGACUGAAGAAAGCUCAAAGUUAUACCAACAUGUACAAGUCAAUCAAAUGAAAGAUUUUAUUGAAGAAUGGGUAACAACUGAAAAUGAACCAAAAAUGUGUGACAACAUAAUGGUUUCAAAGUACUUGUGCAAUUUAGUAAAGGACUCUAAGACAGUAGAUGCUUAUGAAAUCAUUAGAAAACUUUAUCGGUAAAUUAUAAAACAAAAAUGUUUGUACUUAAAUGAAAUUAACUAAUUGUAUAACUUAUGUUUUUAGAUUGAUAAAAAAUAAAAAUCAUUUGGCUUGGAAACAAAGUUAUUUUGAAAUAUUAAAAAAUGUUCAAGAAGUUAUGUUGAAUUUGUACAAUGCUAAAAUGAAAGUUGAAAGUAUGUUUAAUUAAUUAUUUUAUUAUUUAAAUUUUUUCCUGAAGAUUUGCAAAAUUAAUAAAGAAAGAUUAUGUUUUAUAUUAGAGUAUUAUAAUGUAAAUAUAUUCGUGUAGAUAGAUCACAAAAAAUGAAUCACUUCCAUUUUCAUGAGAGUUUUUCAAUCAAACAGAUUGACUUUAGAAUACAAUAUACAUAAGAAAAAAUUACUUUUAAUUAUCUGUACAGCCCCAUUAUUGAGAAUUUUUUUUUUUUUACGUAGAAUUAAAAAUCAAUUUUUAACAUUCAAAUGAUGCUAAACACUUUAUUUUUAUAUAAUUUCAAACCAUUUCUAAAUAUGAAUGAUCAAACAACUAUAAGUGAUUCAGUUUUAGGAACUGUUAAUAUGUAACAAUAAUAAUAUAGAUAACUAGCUGAAUUACCCGGCGUUGCCCGGAAAAAAAUUCGUGACAAAUUAGAUAACGCCAUGAAUUAUCAUUUACCGUCUUAAAUUCAUAAUUAUCGAUAAUAUACAUAAUAACCUAAUAUCUAUAAAUUUAUUUUUAUCGAUAAACUUCUCGGAACAAUUUUAUUCUCGGAAUCAUUAUUCUUAUCUACAUGACAACGACGACGAACAAAAAGGAUAGGUUGCAGGUAGCUGGAGACCCGCGGGCUGCCGUGCCGCACAAUACGUAUUGGCAGUGAAUAAUUAUAAUUGUUAAUUACUCCACUAAAACGCAACAUUUUUGAAAAUCCCUCCUUAUUACACGGUGAAAAUAUGAGAUGAACCUAUAUUCCAAAUUUCAAGUCCGUACGUUACGUAGUUUUUGAGAUACAGCAAUCAGUUAGUCAGUGGUAUUUGGAUUUUAUAUGUAUAGAUAAUUAAAACAUGAGUGAUACAUAACAAUAAAUAGAUGUGCAAUUGUUUAGAAAUUCAAAUCACUAGGAGUAGGAGUAGGUAGGGUAAUUGUAAAUGAGACUGGUAUACUGAUAAAACAAAUAAAUUAUAACCAUUGAAUUUGGUAAUAAUAUUAUUUAAUAUAUUUUCUUUUAUGAAACAUAUUUAUUUCAGCAUUUUAAAGGUUAUAUCUUUUUUGUUAUCAUUUACAAAAAGUUGGCUGAAAAAAGUGAAAAAUAUUCAUUUUUAUUGGCUCCAUACACAAUUUGAUGAUUACCUUAUAAAUUAAAUCUGUUCAUUUACAUUCCCCCCCCCCCAAAAAAAAAUUAAGGGGUAACUGUAAGUAUAAAUUGCAAUUUUUUUAGGUUUGGGAUUUAAAAUUUACCAAAUUUGCAUUGAAAAUAUAUUUAUUACAUCCACUAGUAUAUUAUAUAUAUAUACAAUGAUAAAAAAAAAUGUAUGUAUAAGUAAUAAACAGAAACACAAACUAAAAAAUACUUUGUUAAAACCAUUUACAAUUAUCCCACCUGACCCUAGAUGAAUAAAUACAUAUUUAAAAAUAUACAAGUAUAAAGUUAUGAAUAUCAAUGUAUCAUUUUAACAUAAAACAUUAAUAUAUUAAAAUGCAUAAGGUUAGGCAUAAAUAUAAUUUAGUAAUCUCAGAAAAUAGUGUAAAAAAAUGCCACCAGACCAGAAAUUGAAAGUCUCUAGCUUGCUCCGCCCCUAAGCUACUCUGAAUCUGUCCUUUACACUGUACACCUAGAUGUAUUGAACUUUUUCCGCAAAGCCAAUAAAUAAUUGCAAAUACAAUCUGUAUUAUUAUAAAAUUAUACAUAAAAAUAAUUUCAUAUGAAGCAUGUUAUAAAUAGCUAUUUUGUAUACUUUUAGAAUGCAACACGGUUAAUUUUAAUUAUUCCAAAUUACAUUAUAUUUUGGUCUUCAGAUUUCAAUAAAAAUAUAUAUGGCAUAACUAAUAAUUAUCAUUCAUCACCAUGCAAUGCCAUAGUUUUCUAUUAUUUUAAUUAUAAAAAUCACGUCAAUUAUUAAAUUAUGAAUUAGCAAGUAUUAUAUAAUUUAAAAAUAUAAAUUACUUAUUUUGUAAUUAUAAUUAGUAUUAUGUAACUACAUAUUGAGAUGAUACUAUAGAAAAAUGUAGUAGUUAAUACAAUUUUUUGUACAGAUUAUAAUAAAACUAUAUAUUAAAAUUUUUAAACAAAUUUUAACAACUAUAAAAUAUUUUAACAUCUAUAGACUAGAUGGUCAAUUUAUAUUUUAUAUUAAAAUAAGUUAGAAUGUAUAACAUUAAAUUCUAUGACAUAAAUAUGUAAUGAAUACAAUAUAAUAAUUUAUACAUAUUACUCUUGACAAUCAAAUUUCCAGUAUGGUGUCAUAAACAUAUUCAUGUUUCAGUACUCGCAUAUGUAGUAAAAUGUAAUGAUUAGAUUUCAUAGCUAAUUAAUAACUACAAUAUAAAUAAAAAAAAAAUAAUGAAAGCAUAUUUUUUUUCAUAUGAAUUUUUAUUCAAUAAUUACACAAUUUUAAAACAUUAACAAAAAAAGAAAUAGAAUAUUGAUUUAAAUCCUUCAUUGGUAGUAAAUACAAGUAUAUAUUUUUAAUGAAAUUAUAAUAACAUAUUAAGCUAAUCAGAUGUUGGUGAUACAGUUAUAUAUUAUUAGAAUAGAGAUUUUACUUUGUACAAAAGGCUCUUUCUAUUUGAGUUGUGUUUCACAAUUAAUUGUCAGUACAUUCAGGUUAUCAUUAGCAUAUUAAAAUAAUAUUUUACAGACUUAUUUCAGUGUUAAUAAAAACUUAGUAUGUAAACAACAAUCAGGACUAAUAAUUUAUCAAAAAAUAAAUAUUGAUCAAUGGAGUUUAAAUCAUAAUAUUACAGCAAAAUAGUUUGGUUUUUGGAAACUCUUUAGGAAAAUAAGUAAAAACUUUGUUUUUACCAUUGAUGAACCACCAGUGAGCAAUUGUAUUAAAUAUUUAUCUUUUAUUUAGUAGGGCAAUGAAACUUACGUUUCUUAAGUAUGUUUUUCAAAAUUCGACCAAUUAUUAGAAUAUAUUUUAUUCCCAUUCUGUAGUACCAGGAGGUUUUGGCGUUAGGUCAUAUAAAACUCGAGAUAUACCAGGUAUUUCUUGAGCAGCAGCCAUCAUUUUGUGUACAAGCUAAACAUAACAUUUUUUUUUUUAUAAAUUUAAAAAAACAUCAAAUGGAUUGACACUAUAUGAAUAUAAUAAAUCUACUAACUGGAGCAGAUAUAUGUUUUCCAGGCAAUGCAGGAAUACCAGUCAUAAAAUCUUCUGUAAUAAAUGGCCUAAUUACAACUGAACGUUGACAUGAUGGAUGGCGGUAUGCAACAUCUCGGUCAAAAUGUACAGGAAUAAGAACUACUGGCAUCUGGCUUACUUUCCGCAUGCUAGUUGGACAUUCUGUUAAAACCUGAAAACCCCCAAUAAUAUUUGAUUAAAAAAUAUAUGUUUAUAUUAUUUAACUGCCAUACCUUAUUAACUGCAUGAUCAGCUUCUUUCAGCAAACUUAUCACUUGAACAUUUAAAUAUGUAUGUGUUAUGUCCAACACUUGGUAAGCAACUGGUGGACCAGCAAUAUAACAUACCCUAUUAACAUUGUGACAUACUCUAGGUAUUAUUCUGGCCAAAUAUGACAGAUCUUCCCAAAUGGGCUCAGGGUUUGUACAAGAAAUGCCUACCACAUAACUGUAAGAACGUUUAUCACCCUAGAAAUAAACAACACUUUUUCAUACCAAAAAUAUGUUUUUUUAUAUAUAUAUAUAUGUAUUUAUGUGUAUGUAUACAAAAAUAGUAAUGAAAUACUUACUUGAACUCCAACACUUUUUAUUGGUAAAAGUGUGGCAGUCAUUUUCUGUUUGGAAGAUAUUUCAUACAACAUUUUUCGUUCAUUUUCGGAAGUUGCAUUUUCUAUUCUAUUUAAAAGUGCAUGACUCUAAAAAUAUUUAAAUUAAA